AUGGCCUCCCUCUCCGCCGUCCGCUGUCCCGCCCCGUCGAGCGCCUACCUGCCCGUCACUUUCCCCGUCGAGAUCUGGUCGCUCAUUACCCAGUGCUUGAGCCCGGGCGCGCCCUCGCUCCCGGAGGCCACCACGGAGCGGCAUCUCAUUGCCAACGUCGACCAUAAACAGCUGUCCACCCGCUCGUACGACAUCCGUCCCGACGAUCCCGAUUCGAGGCUAUGUGCUACCGCUCUUCGCGCCCUCUGCCUGGUGAGUUCCUGGACCUACGAGAUAGCUAAGCCCGUACUGUACGAGAAUAUCGUCUUGCGGACGGGAUCGUCUAUGGUGCUUCUCCUUCGUACCCUGCUCCAGGCUCCAUCCCUUUGCACGCCCAUCUCUCAGAUCUCUAUCGCCUUCUCCACGAACCACCACCCUGUUGUCCGAGACGUCGCUUGCGCCUGGCAACGCUCCCUCCAGCCCUGCGUCGACCUGGGUAGCCUACCAGAUGGGUCAAGGGACCUUCUCGCUGCCGCCCAUCUGGACUGGGGAUUCCGGAACUGGAUAGGUCCUACCGAGCCUAAAUUUUUCUGUCCGCCGAUAGGCGACCCUCGCGAGUGCAUGAGCGUUCAGAUUGAUGACGUGAAGAGAAUAUCGAGUGUCCUCGUCUCUCUAGCCACCACCGUUGAGACCGCGCUUACGGUUUUGGACCGCCACAGUCGCUUCCAAUACUCUGGAACUACUACGUUACGACUAAACUCGGACCAUUGGAGCAUGAUGUCGCAUUCCGUCCUCAACGACGGCGGGUUCGUCUGGCUCGCCGGGUUUCCCGAUCUCCUGCGGGUCGAAGCUAGCCUCCAAUGCCCUGGCGUUAUCUCCGAUGACCAGAAUAGCGAGAAACCCUUAGAGGAAUUUUACUUUCACUGCAGCUUGCCCACACCCGCAGAGUUACCGUCGGCUCUCAUGGGAUGCGGCAACCUGCGUGCCCUCGAAAUCCACGGCGACGGCCGCAUCAAAUCUAUUGCCAGUCAAGAAGAGUUCGUCCAUUUCCAAUCAGAGUUGAAGGCUGCCCUAGAGCGCAUGCCACGCCUCCGGCGUCUGCGGCUCCCUCUAGCUUGGAGAGAUGCCAUCCCUCAAAAGUUCGAUAGGAACGGGGCAGCACGUAUAUUGGCGUUAUCGUGGGUCGAGCUAUUGUCAUGA